UUAUCCAAGUUUCUUUUACAAAAUGAUUUUAAACGAGGAAGAACUGAUAAAAUUCUAUUUUUAAAACCAAAAGGAUCUGACUCACUAGUUGUACAAAUUUACGUUGAUAAUAACUGUUUGGUACAACUAAUGAAAAUUUUUGCAAAGAACUUGCAAAGUAAGUAAGCAGAGAGAAGCACGGGAAAAUGAGAUUGGACCUCGGGAUGAUCAAGCUAAGAUAAGUAAGCAGAAAAGUUCCUCACAGGGUAUUACUUUUAUAGAUUUAUGCAUAACUACUAUAUACCAUUAUAAAUACAUGUGCGUAAAGCAUAACUGAAGUUUACCAUUGUUAAGGAACAACCAAAAAUUUAGAAUUAAAAUAUGUAUUUAAUUGGUUAGUAAUAUGAGAUACGUGAUUUAAUUAGUUUCACUGAAAUAGGAGGAUCAGGGAUAUAUUCUUUUUGUUACAAUUUUAUUCUCUUUUAUUUAUUUAUUUUUCCACAAAUUAAUUUAUUUUUCUCUUAUAAAUAUAUCCUUGAAUUUUUAUUAUUCCACAAAAUUUUAUCUUUUCCAAAUUUUAAAGCUAAUGGAACUCACACCCACUUCUAUGGAUCUCUCAUACCCUAGCCCACCUCAAAUACAGCAAACACCAAAGGAACAAGCCUUAAUAAUCUAUACACCUCCUCUCCAUCUUCCUUCAUCUCCUCUACCAUCUCCAACAAUGGUGAGAACAAGCUUGAACACAAAUCUGAAACGAAAAAGAAAAUCUCUAUCCCCUACUCCUAUGGAUAUCUCACCCAUUCCACAACAAAUCCAACAAAAAAAAAAUCCCCAAAUUCCAUCACCAAAAACCCUAGAUUUUCAAAUUUCAAAUUCUGAAACCCUAGCCACCAUGAGCGGCGGCCAGCCUCAAGCAACCGCCGGCGGCAGCGGCUCGGCGACCGGACCCAACCCGGCCGACCGACCGACCACUGUCACCACGGCAGCCGAACCACAUCUCGCCCCCCCGCCCUUAAACCCAGCCACGAAUCUCAUCUCCACCAACCCAAAUCAACCACCGACGGCGGUUCCCAGCCAUCCUCACCGUCCGACAGCACCGUCGACGGACCGGUCCUCCCCCAGCAACCGCUCGCGACAGGCCUCCCUCCUCCAUCCUCCCACCAAUUCGCGAUUCCCCCUCCUCCACUCGACCCGAUCGCGACCGCUCACCCACCACCAAACCAACUCGCGUAAGAUCUUGACCCACAACCCGACCCACUCGCGUCCUUGCAACCCGAACCCGCCACCCUUAUCCCUCCGCCCAGCCCAGCACCAUCCUCCCCCUCUGUUAUGUCGACAGAAAAGACCCACCACCGACCCGCGAAGAGGCAGCGGCGGUCGGGUGGUGGGGUGGUUUUGAAAUCGAGAAAGAAUGUGGAUUGUUCUAAGGGGGAAAUAACUCCAACCCGGGUUCUUACGGCGGAUGAGGCGAAUUCGGUUAAGGCUUUUGCUAUAAAUCAGACUUGGUGCGAAACUAAUCUAGAGGAAUUCAUGGUAAUUCUUAAACAUCAGGGAUGGAUAAGCUUAUUUUUUGAUUAUUCGAAAACCUCCAUAUUUCCGGAUGCUAUGAAUGAAUUUCGUGCGAAUUUUAAAUGUGUGGAUGGUGUUUGUUCUAGUUGUGUGAAUGGAACGUCGUUUGAGUUUAAUGCUGCUUAUAUUGCAAAGUUAUUGAAUGUUCGUAAUGAGGGAUUUGAUUUGUAUGUGAAAGGAGCAACUGCUCAAAUUAAGAUUGGUGUGAUGACUAAUGAACAACUUGUGAAAGCAAUAGGUGGAGAUCUUAAAGUUUGCUCUUUAACUAACCAAAGCUUGUUUCCCACCCCUCUACAAAAACUCCUUUUCAACCUUGUUCGUAGAGGUAUUGUUCCUCGCACUCAAAAGCGUACCUUGGCCAACCUCUAUGAUGCUUCAUUGAUGUACUGCCUUGAACACAAAAUACCAAUCAACUUUCCUGCCUUAAUGAUUAAACACUUGUCCCACUGUGUUCCUUCAGAUGAUAAAGUUGGUUAUGCUUCGUUGUUGACUAUGGUGUUUCGGAGUUUCUCUGUGGAUUUGCGUGACUAUGGAGAGUUGACGGUCAUUAGUCAACAAAUUGUGCAAAGUGAUUUAUUAAGAAGCAUGAAUCUAGCAGUAGCUAAUGGGAGAUUAUGUUGGGCCGUGGCUACAGUGAAUGAGACUAAAAGUAAGGGGGAAAAAGAAGUUGUUCCUAAGGUGGUUCCUAAGAAGGUAGAAAAGGCUCCUAAGGUGGUUCCUAAGGUGCCAAAGGAUGUUCCUCGUGGUAAACGUAGGAGCAUAAGGGUAGCCACUAGAGUUCCUAAGGUCAUUGUUCCUCCGGUGUUCGUUGACAUAUCUUGUGACAAUGAGGAUGAUGAUGAAAACAUAGAGGUAUUGGAGGACACUGUUGAAUUUGAAAAGGAGGAAAAGGAACUUGCUAUGAUUGAAAAAAUAUCCACCCCUGUUCCUACACCAAAGAUGGAUAGCCCUGUUCCUCAACCAAGGUACAUCCCUGUUCCUCCCACUCCUACUGUUCCUUCUUCCUUUACUGGCUUUGGUGGGUUUGCUGCUUUUGGUUCUUCAAGUUCCUUAGGAUCUCAUGAUCCCAAUAAGGAGGAACUCAAGGAACAGGUUAUCAAGUUGAGAAAGGAUAUGGACAGAAUGAUACUACUUCAAGAGUCCGCAAAUGCUAAGAUACUACAACUCCAGGAUCAGGUUACAGCAUUGUUAUCUGGAGUUCAACCGAUGGAUUCAAGUCCUUCCCAUACUUGAGGAUCUCUUUGCCAAAAUCUAACCUUGUUCCAUCCCAUUUUCCCAGAUCCCAAAUUUUUUUUUUGUGUGUGUGUGCUACAUUACGCUUUAUGUUUAUUUUGGAACUUUUUCUUUAUUUUUUUUGGUUUGUACUCCUCUCAUGGGAUACAGUUACAUCCUUUUAUUUUAUUUCCUUUACUUUUAGUGGAACUCAUAACCGAACGUAUCUCUAAAAUCAUGACUAGUUAUUUAUUAUGUUUUCUAUUCAAAUCUAGUACGUUGGAACUUAACUUUGAGGCUAACUUAAUUUGCCAACCGUUGAUCGGAGGGCGCUCUAAUCGGUAUAUAUUAGUAUUGUGUAUUUCUACUUUUUGUUAAUGCCAACAGGGGGAAAUGAAUGCAAACUUAAAUUAAAUUGAUCACUUGAGUCCGCCUCACUACUCUCUUCUCGAUGUAAGUUUAUUAAAAUUUUAUUUCUCGUUUUUAGUUUAAUUUCGUUUAUAAAAAUUAAUUUCAAUUUUCCUUAAUUUCAUUUAGGAAGUUUUGAUUAAUUUUUAUAAAAAUGCUUUAUUUAUUUUAUUUCUUAAUAUUUAUGCUAAUUGAUUAUUAUUGCAUUUAGUGAAAGUUUGCUUUUGUUGUCAUCACCAAAAAGGGGGAAUAUUGUUGACUCUAAAGUUUUGAUGAUGACAAAGCAAACUCCUGACAAUUGAUUAAGUUAUGUUGCAUAAUAGGUUCCGAGAUCCUGAGAGGGAUAAUGUUAAGUUAAGGAGAUCCUGAGUUGGAUAAACUAAGCAACGUGGAAUAUAAGCAAGUAAUUGAUCCUUGUCAGACACUACAUUGAAGAAAUAAUCAUUAAGCAAGGCGAUAUCCUUAGGCGAGUUCCUAAGGCGAGAUCCUCAUAUAUUAUGUGGAUCCUCAAUGUUCCAGAGAAGGAACAAAUUGGGAAGACUUCGAGUGAAGCUUCUAAAGGUGCAACAUGAAGACUACAACAUAUGAGUUUAUGUUUAGGAUUUAUGUAAGUAUUUAAUAUUGUUUAUACGAAAUUUGGAACAAAAGGAACCUAAGUAUUUUGGUACGUUUUAAAUUGAAAUAUAUUAACUGUAAUUAUAAAAGAGUUUUAAUUAAGUUGGAAAAUCUUUGUUAAUAAAUAAAAUGAAUUUAAUUAAUAAAUGUAAACAUAGGAUUCUGUUUUCAUUCUCCUUGUUUCUCAAGCAAUAGAUUUUCCAUGAUCCUUAAAACUCUCCCACGUAUUCCUGUUUAAACGUGCAUUUAGUGUUUUGAUUUGGUCUCUCAUGUUUCUCUCCAACUAUGCCCAUGUUACUGAGCAGUAACAGUUAGUGGGUAGUUGAGGAGAACAUGAGUAUCCAACCUUAGGUAAAACUCCUCUAUAAAAGGAGAAGAGUUUUGGCUUUUCAAAACACAACUGAUUUCUACAAAAUCUAUCUUAAAGAGCUUAAACGUUUUAAAAGAAUCAGUUGGCAAAAUAGAGUGUUCCUUGAGUUCCUUAUUACUUUGAGAUUUAUUACGUACUAGAGUUUUAUAUCAAAUUGUAUUUUGGGUUUAAGGGUUGAGUGGUCCUUAAUUGACUUAGAGUUAAGUCAAAGAGAAACAGAGCGACUUAGAGUUAAGUCAAAGAGAAAAGGAGCGACUUAGAGUUAAGACAGAGAGAGAAAGAGGAGCACAAUAAUCAAAGGGGAUUGCUGUGGGGAACUCGUGUUCGAGAGGAACUCGAGUUAAAGAGUGUAUUUGUAAUAGAGCUAUUGCAUUAAUACAAAAGAGUAGUGAGGUUCUUCUUGAUUAGGGUCAAGAAGGUUCCUCAGUUUUAUAUCUUUCUUCGCUCAUUAUUCUCAGUCUCUUUAUUGUUUAAAUUCCGCAAGAAACUUUCCCAAGUUCCCAAGAAACAAUUCACCCCUCCUCUUGUCAAGUGUUCCUACUGAACUAUCACUUAGGCAUUUGAUUUUUUUUAUGUAUCAUAUUUAGUGGGACAAAUAAUGGAUUAGGACACAAUGUGGCUGGAUUAAGGUAAAAUCGUGACUCAAGUUCUUGUUUUUAACCUAUAGUUUUGCUAACAGCUUCUGCCUUUUCACCUUUAGUCUUUUUGCAGUUUACCUAUGAGUAUAAAUUUAAAAUAUGAAUCGUAGCCUCGUAGGUUGAUUUCUCACUCUAAUGAAAUUCUAUGCAACUAAGUACUCGAUAUAUGUUAAUGAUAAUAUAAGAUUAUAUGUAUCCUAGUAUAAGUAAAAUUAGAGUAGUCGUAGGUUUAUAUUGUUAGAGUUGGAGUAACAUUAUAAUACCUAAUUACUUAUGUAGUAUAUAUGGUUGCUGUGAUGAAUGAGAUGGGUAACAUGGUAUCAUGAGCAAAGGUUAAAAGUAUCGAAUUUUUUUUUCCGCAUUGAGAUUGAGAGUGCAGCGUGAGUUUGAGUUAUUAAAACACAAAAGUUUGAGUUUUUCUUCCUUCUUCUGUAGAACAUAUCAUGGGGAAGGAUGAUGAUGAGUCACAUAUUGACCCUAAGGUCGACCUUGAUUACUACCUUAGUUCGAGUGAUGGACCCGGAGUUGUGAUCACGCCUGUCAAGUUACGAGGAGCCUAAGUCAAGACCAGUCGACGAGGACGGUGAUUGGCGCGGGGGAACGUAAGGAUGGACUUUAUUUUUUCCGUGGUGUUCCGAGUAUUCAGGUGCGAGCAGUGGAGAGUCAGUGUGUGGUGGAGCUGUGGCAUCGUCGUAUGGGACAUCCGUCGGAGAAAAUAUUAAGGCUUUUACCUUAUGUGAGUAAUUUUAUUAGGAAAAACAAUAAUGUUUGUGUUGUAUGCCCUCGUGCAAAACAAACGAGAGAUAGCUUUCCUGUUAGUGAUAAUAAAGCAAGUCGUAUGUUUGAUGUUGUGCAUAUUGAUUUUGGGGACCUUACAAGACACCUUCGUCUUGUGGGGCUAGGUAUUUUUUAACAAUUGUUUAUGAUUUCUCAAGAGGUGUGUGGAUUUAUUUGAU